AUGGAUAACUUGUACCGGAUCGCUUUCCCAUCAAAUCAGAGUUGUGAUAGAGAUGUCCGUGCUGCUUUGGCCGCUCAGACAAAUGCAACCGCUUUAUUGCAGAAACAUGACCGCAGGGAACAACAAGAACUUGUCAGUCGGACCACCUGUAACUGGUUUUUCAGUUGUGAAGAACACAGCCUGCAUGUUGAUUCACCUCCAGGCAUCAUCAGACAAAUGAGAAAUAUCUUGGAUCCCAACAUAAUAAUUCUUGCUCCCCUUGACUCAUGUUUGCCUCUGGACUACAGAGUUGUUCAUCAGAUUGUGAGGGAGCUGACUGUGGGAAUAUAUGGUUUCAACCAGUUUCCAGUUAUUAGUCUUGUACCCAACUAUGACCAGAGCUCCACGUGCCAGUUACCACCAGCAUAUUAUGAUACAAAAGUUGGGCAGAUUCUAAUAAAUAUAGAUUAUACCAUAAAGGCUCUCUGGCAUGGGUGUUACAAUUCUAGAGAGAAACGUCUACGUUUCUCUGAGUUAUGGAGAUCUAUUAUGGGCGUGGAUUCAGAUGGAGUGCCUCAGACAAAGAAAGAUAUGCUGACAGAGUUUCUAAAUGCAGGUUUCAUGGACAUCUCAGAUGAUCCAUGUUAUCAGGGCAUUUAUGAGGAGGAUGUCGAUUUAGACCCAACCUACGAGCCCAGCAGUGCAGAAGAGGAGAACCUCUUCUCACAAUACUCAGAGAACAUCCUGAUUAAAUUGAGUGCCUACCUCACCUCUGUCCACCAGCACCAAAAUCUGUUUGUGUUUGAGGGGACUCAUAAUCUGUCCAAUGCUGUUCGACUCACAGAGGACGAAAUUGAUCUAGCCACCUACCAGAGGCUGCAGAAAAGACUGGCUGGCCAGAUUCAACUAGUGAGUAAGAACCUUCGGAGGAGUGCAGAAGUCUCCAGAGAUCUUGCCUACCUGAAACUCAUUACUUUCCUGGUGCCCCUGCUGAUUUCCUUGAGGAAAAAGAUGUUGAUUCCUAAUCUGUCUAAAAUGCUUCCACCUUUAUCAGAGGACAAGCUCAAAACAGAGCGAGAACUACCUCCACAUGUUCUUGGACCAGAUUUUGCUUGCAAACACUUUCUAUACCAGCAGGAUCAAUAUUUUCACCUUCAUGGGGGGAUUGAAUUUGAUGUGGGGACUCCUGCCCUGGAUGACAUCACUGAGGAAAUGAAGGCAGCUUUCAGAACUUUGCAUACUCAAGCAGCAAAUUACCUUCACGAGUUGCUUCAUCAGGACUCCACAUACAAAACACACUUUCCAAUACCACUCAGUGAGAUUGAAGGGAAAAGCUAUAAUGUCCUCUCCAUUGAGUUAGAGUCACUUUAUCCUCAACAUAACAUGGUUCAGUGGUGGGGGGCCCUAGACUCUACCAUCAAAGUACUCAAAGGCAAGAAUCUGCCCUUGACGGACAUCGAGCUACACGAGCAGUUUAAGAAAACAUUUGGUUACACGAAAGCCAUAAAGUGCAAGAAUGUGGCAUUUGGACUAAAGGCAGCUGCAGAGAGAGGACUCUGUGCGGUGUUUCUUUCUCUGAGUCGCAAGAACUCUCCCGCUCACCUGCAUGUUCUAGAUGAGCAGGGACUUUCUCUUCUCCAUCACGCUGCAGCCAAUAACCAAUCACACAUCAUCAUCCUGUUAGCCUCAGCAGGCGUCAACCUUAACCAGACACGCAGUGAAAGAUUCAUCAGCAAAGGCCUUACACCGAUGCACCUUGCUGUGCAAUGUGGCUCCCUUGAGUCCCUAAACUGCCUUCUUGCACUGCGAGCAGACUACAAACUUGUGGACAAGAGAGGCUGGAUGCCCAUUCAUUUUGCAGCCUUUUAUGGUCAGGUUGCAUGCAUCCAAGCACUAUUCAGGAAAGACCCUACAUUACUGGAAAUGAAGACCACUGCUGAGUAUCAAAGUUCACCACUGUUAUUGUCAGCAACCUCUGGUUCAGUGGAGGCGCUGGGCUUCCUGUUGUCCAUUGGGGCAAACUGGAAAGAGGAAGACAGCAAAGGCAAUAAUGCUGUCCAGCUGGCAGCACUUUACUUCCACACUGAUGUCCUUACACACCUCAUUCAGCUCAACCUGGAUGACCUUUCUGUGUGGAAGAUUCUUGUUGAGAUGAUUAAGAGUGAGGACUCCAGGCAGUUGGAGAUGGCCCUCAGAUCCUUUGAGGCUCUUUGUGUGAACACUGAGUCUUUUUGUGAGGAUAUCAUGGAAGCAGGAGGUAUUCCCGUCCUGGUGCAUCUCCUUUGUGCAGACAAGCAGAUGGUGCAGUGCAUGGCCACAGCUGUGCUAUGUCACAUGACGGAGAAUGCAAAAGUUUGUGAAGAUCUGGUGCAUUAUGAUGCUGUACCGAUGGUGAUCAAGCUCCUCUGCAGCCAAAAGCCAGAACUGCACUCUCGCUGUGCUGUUAUACUGGCCGAUCUGGCAGGACAUAGCGAGCAGUAUCAAACCCUCAUUUCUCAGUUGGGUGGGGUGGAGCUGGUAGUGAAGCUCCUGACCUCUGACUUCGAAGAUGUGCUAGUAAAUGCUGUCAGGUGUAUCUGUGCACUAUGUGUGAGAAGCCCAUGUAACCAAAGUGCUGUUGCACACACUGGAGGCAUUCCACAUCUUGUGGAAUUACUGUCUGUGAAUUCUGAGGUACUGCAGGAAGAGGCCUGCUUGACCCUGGCCGAAUUGGCUCGGGGUCAUGGGGAGAACCAGGAGCUCAUCUGUGGGGCAGGAGCAGUCAAUGCGCUAGUGCAAACCCUGCAAAAGAGGAACAUCUCUGCUCAGGUCAAGGCAGCCAAAGCACUUGAAUCUAUUGCCAGACAAAAUCCUGCCAUACAGCAAUCCUUCCUCAGGCAAUCAGCUUCCAAAUAUCUUUUACAACUGUUAAAGGUAUUCCAGUUGGAUGUGCGAGAACAAGGUGCAGUGUCUCUUUGGGUCCUAACUGGAGAAACCCUAAAGCAGCAGAAACUGAUGGCAGAGAAGAUGGGCUACCCUCUCAUCCUUGACCUUCUUCUGUCCUCUUCAGACAAAAUGCAAUACGUGGGGUGCCAAGCAGUGAUUGCUCUAAGCCAGGACAGUCAGACCCACCAGGAUGGCUUUUGCAGGGAGAAUGUGGUACCUCCUUUGGUGCGUUUGCUUCGAGGGUCUCGAACAACACAGAAAACCCUACUUAGUGUCAUCAAAGCCCUGGGUUUUUUGUGCAUUGGAGUUGCACUCACUGCAAAUACAAAUAGUCAAAAGAUUAUUUACCGAGAAGAGGCUGUUCCUACAUUAUUAGAGCUUUUAAAAUCACACAAAUCUCUGCAGGUCAAGGUGCAGGUGGCUCAAACACUUGCCUGUGUGCUAUUAAGGAACCAAAAACUCCAGAGGGAAUUUUGGGAACAAGAGAACCUCUCUUAUAAGAUCAUUCUAGAGCUCAUGAGAGUAAAAGACAAGAACAUUUGCCUCGAUGCUGGACAUGCAUUAUCUUUGUUUGCAUGCAACAACAAAGCUCAACAGAAGGCAAUUCGAAAAAUGGGAGGAAUUCCAAUGAAAAUAUAUGAGUGCUUUUUGAAUUCCGACAACGAGAUUGAAAGAGUAAAAGCUGCAUUUCAGAUUGUUGUGUUAGCCAGAGUGGUUACAAGAUCAGAUGAGGUGACUUUGACUGCAAGGGGAAUCACUGUUCUUGUUGAAUUAUUACUGUCUGACCAAUCCACCACUGUUGUAAUUACAGCACAAUUACUUGCUAAUCUCUCUCAAAUGAGAGCAGGUAUUACUGAUGCUAUUGUCACCAUGGGUUCUAUAGAGCAUCUGUCUGCUCAUUUGAACUCAGAGGAUGAAGAGAUUCGAACAGCUUGUGCAAGUGCUCUGGGUUACCUUACCUUCAAUCGACAUGCUCAUCGACAGCUUAUGGCGAAAUGUAGAAGAGCCCCUCAUAUAUAUGAUCUCCUAAUGGAGAAUCUAUCUAUAGAUGCCAGAAUCUCACAAUUAUUUGCGGAAGAAUUCGAAAGACAGCGAAGAAUAGGGUUUCCAUCCCUCAGUUUGGAGAUAAAUGGCGGGCCUCCUGUGCCCCACCGUGGUAAUAAAGGCAUGUCGAAGAGAUCGAGUGAUAGACAUAGUCAGUCAGCAAUCAGUGAGAGAGAAACAUCAGUUCCUGUGAAACACCAUUCAAGGCCAAGAACUGCUAACCCCAGAGUCAAGAUGGGGCAGAAGCUGAGCAUAAAUUGA